AACCACGUGACCUGUGUUUACAUCCUCUGCUCAGCUGUUUCUUUCUUCUUCCACUUCGACACAGCAGCUUGCAGUUUACUUUACACUUUCAUCCCAACAAGCUAACUAUUGCGCACAGUUACCCCGCAGUCAGCCUCUGAAAGAAGACUGCAUGAAAGUCGCUGUCUGACAGUCGCAUUGUACACAGCAUCCACUUACAAGGAGUGAGUUAAUGCGACACGACAUUGUCACUCUCUGGACAUGACCGCCGUCUGAACCGCCGUCUGAGGAGUAAUAGCGGGAGCAUCCUUUAGGUCAGCCAUUCAUCUCCAUGCACCUCUGAGGAGGAACCACUGACCCUCACUACGAGUUUGGCCCCUUGAGUUUCUCUUCUCUUUUAACCAUGGGGGGAGCCGUGAGCGCGGGCGAGGACAAUGACGACCUUAUAGAUAAUCUGAAGGAGGCCCAGUACAUUCGCACAGAUAAAGUUGAACAGGCUUUUCGCGCCAUAGACCGCGGUGACUACUAUCUGGACGGCUACAGGGACAAUGCCUACAAAGACUUGGCGUGGAAGCAUGGCAACAUCCACCUGUCCGCUCCCUGUAUAUACUCCGAGGUGAUGGAGGCCCUCAAACUGCAGCCGGGACUUUCUUUCCUCAAUCUGGGCAGUGGGACUGGCUACCUGAGCACAAUGGUUGGCCUCAUCAUAGGGCCAUUCGGUGUGAACCAUGGAGUUGAGCUCCAUACAGACGUGGUUGAAUAUGCCAGAGAGAAACUGGAGGAUUUCAUAAAAAAUAGUGACAGCUUUGAUAAGUUUGAGUUCUGUGAACCCGUCUUUGUGGUGGGGAAUUGCCUUGAAAUCUCAGCAGAUAGUCACCAAUACGAUCGCAUCUAUUGUGGUGCAGGAGUGCAGAAAGACCAUGAAAAUUACAUGAAAGUACUGCUCAAAAUUGGAGGCAUUCUGGUGAUGCCUAUAGAGGAUCAGCUGACCCAGAUAACCAGGACUGGCCAGUGCUCAUGGGAGAGCAAAAACAUCUUGGCGGUGUCCUUUGCCCCCCUGGUCCAGCAGAGCAGAGCUGAUGGGGAGAAACCUGACACUGUCGAGCUGCCCUCUUUGACUGUGCGCAGCCUUCAGGAUCUGUCUCGGGUCUACAUUCGCCGCACUCUCAGAGACCUGGACAGCGAGGACAGUGCGGGGAAGGAGGCGGUGCAGAGAGUUCCCCAGAAGCGCAAACGCAGGCGCUGCCAGCGGCGACGCAUCAACACCUACGUUUUUGUAGGCAACCAGCUGAUCCCCCAAAUGGUGGAGAGUGAGGAGGAGGAACACAUUGAGGAAGAACAAAAAGAAGUGGAGGACGAGGAGGAGGAAAGAGACAUCGGCGAAAUUGAAAUCCUCAAGCAAGCGAACAUGUUGAGAGACCAAAUAAUGGCUUUACCGCUGCCGGAGUCACUGAAAGCAUAUUUGCUGUUCUACAGAGAGAAAUGACUGAUUACUCCAUGCCCACUCUUUAUGAAUGCAGCGCCUUCUGAAUGCUUUUCUCACCCUUUUUCUGUACAAAUGUAGCAUUAUUUCCAUUAAAUCUUGAUGGCAAAACUGUAACAGAAAGAGACGUCAUAGAUAAUAUUGGAUAAUAAUAUUAUGAUUGUCACGAAUCGUUCGUUUCUUUUGAUUUGUAUACAGUAUAUUAAAAACUGUCAAAAAAAUAUACUAAAUGGUCAGUUUCCAAAACCCAUUUUGAGAUUCAGAUUUUAUUACAAUUUCAGGAUUUCUGCAGAAAUGUGUAGAUUAAAAAGUUCUUAUUAUAUUUGUUAAAAUAAGAUCAUACUAAGAUAACUUUUAUUGCAGCUUUUUUCCAGGAACUUUAACUAUCGCUGUCUGGGGAUUUAAUGAGCACCAGAAAAGGAUCGAAAGGCAAAUUAGGCCGCCAUAUUCAGUUAAAGAGUAAGACAUAAUUGCAGAAUCAUUAAUGGGGCACUUAUGUUAUUACUCUUACUGAGUUUUGGUUUUGAAUUAGUGUGAUUUGUACCUUCCUAUUACAUGAAAUCAUUGAGAGACUAGAUUGGUUCUUCAUUUUUUUCUACUGGGCAAUUUUUGAUGUAUCUUUUUCUACAGGGUGUUUACAUUAACGUGUGUUGUAGGCCCUCUCCUCUACAUGGUUCCCCUUUACAUUGUUAAUGCAAAUAGUAUGUAACUUUAUCAUAACGGAUGUUUGUCCUAAUGAUAAAACUGAUGACUGGUGGUGGUUCACAUGUUCAGCUUUGUUUAAAUGAGACUGUUUAUAGGAAGUCAAUAAUGCAUGAAUAUACUGUAAAUGUGUUGGGUGUUCCUAACUGUGCUUCACAUCUUACACUUGGUCACUGGAGGUGAUGUCCCAAGUGAUUAAGUAAAACAUUUUUUUUACGAAAAGCAGAAGUUGGAGAAGGAUUUAAAGAUUAAUAAUCAUUUAGAUUGCCUUGAGACAAAUCUCAAAUCUGUACUCAAAUUAGUACUGCAUUUUUUGUAUAGACAGCAAUACAAAUCAAAGUCACUAAGGAUUUUUGAAAGCCUUUUGUAUCCUGGACUGUAGAAAUGUCCAACAAAGCACCUUAGUCUGAAGUCCUCGAGUGAAAAAAUAAAUAAUUUGUAUUGUCGACUGAUCUCCUAAUGUAGAUCCUGUUUAAUCAAAGUACAAUUUGCUUGCAGAACUUCCAUGAUAGUGGUGGCUUUUAAGUGCCAACGUCCCCCAUCAUAUUAGGACUUCUGUGAGUUUUCUAGCACAGUAAAUUUACCCAAGCGAUGGUAUAUUUCUACAAACACAUUCCACAGUGAAAAAAUAAAAAGAGCAGCACAUCACUGAUCGAUGUCACACUUUUUCUAAGAGCUUUAUGGUCACAGACUCUAGAGAUUUCAUUCACCUUACUUUGAAUGCUUCAUUUAGUAUUCCAAAAGCUGAUUGUUGUUGAUAUUAAUUCUAUUUAAUAUACACGUGAUAUUAAUGUGUUUUUAUCAUACGAAUCUGCAUUCAGUUUAAUUUGCAUUCGGUUUGUUGUAGCGCCCUCUUGCUGUACUGUAUCUUGACACUGGGAACUCUGUAGAUCAAAACUCCACUGAUGUCUGUUCAAUAGAUACAAUAUAAGUGGUAUAGGUCUUAAUUUUGUUCUGCUGUAAUGACAAAUAUUUUGUUUGAAAACGGGAGUGAUUAUUCUAUUAGUAGUGUUUGUGUGUGAAGAGGUAACAAUUAUUUUCUGUAAGUUGUUUAUUUUUUUAUAUUCAUAGGAAAGCUUUGCAAGUGAGCCAUAAUGGAAUAAUCUUUCAGUUUAUAAUUACCAAUAACAACAAAGUCCCAUUUGAUUUGCGUAUUACCCAUUAAAAUGCUCAUGACCAAUUACAGGCAUGCAACAAUUUAUAUACCAUCAUCCAAAACGUAAUUGCUAAUUAGAGAGCGCUUUAAAGAUUGCAAGCAGCGGACCUACAACCUCGACUCUCAGGUCACGCCUUGCACCAAAGUAAAUGGGACUGCUAUGAUUACGUUUAAUGUGAACGAGAUUUGACUACAAGACUAGCACCGGUAAAGACCAAGUCAUAAUCGAGUCUGUGCUUUUAUAUUUGGUUAAUUUGAUGAGAGCCAAAACAGUUCUGUUGAUAGGAUAGAUCAUAGUGUGUGCAGUUCAUUUUAAUAAUGUGUUGUUUCUCCAUAAAUGUUUGGCAACAAAAAUAAAGUUCACAAUCACAUUA